GUUUCCUUAGGCUGGCUGAUGCUGCAACUAGCUGAUGGGGAACUGGAUUAUGUCUCUCAGGGAGAGGGAAUGCAGCUGCAGGGUGACUUCCUCAUCGCUGGACUCUUUCCUCUCCACUAUACAGAUGGACCAAGUGGUUUGCCCGCUCUGAUACCGUGCAAUAACGGUACAAACAACAAACAUGGGUUUCACCUGAUGCAAGCCAUGAGAUUUGCUGUGGAGGAAAUCAAUAACAGCACUGGACCACAGUCUCUGUUACCAGAAGUCAAGCUGGGCUACCAGCUUUACGACAUCUGCUCAGUACCAGCGGGUAUCCUGGCCACUGUGGACCUGCUCCAGCAGCAUCACCACAGCAUCUCUACACCCAAGACAGACCCAAACUACAACAACAGUCAAAAGGCUGUGGCUGUGAUUGGGCCGGACAGCAGCAGCAAAUCUUUAACCCCCGCUGCUUUACUGGGGGCCUACCUCAUACCACAAAUCUCUUUUGAAGCAUCAAAUGAAAAGUUGAGCAACAAGUACCUCUAUCCAGCCUUUUUCCGCACAAUUCCCAGUGACAAGAACCAGGUGGCAGCUAUGAUCCAGCUGCUGGUUCGUUUCAACUGGACUUGGAUUGCACUGUUAGGCAGUGACAAUGACUAUGGCCUGGAUGGCAUGACAAGCUUGUCUGAGGAAGCACCUCACCAUGGCAUCUGCAUUGCCUACCAAGCGGUCAUCCCCUCACUCACAGCAGACACAAUCCAGACCAUGAGGAACAUGGUAGAAAGCAUACUGACAACCCAAGUCAACACCAUUGUGGUCUUCUCCAGCAAGUCAAAACUCCGUGGCUUCUUCCCCUAUGUUGUUGAGCGUAAUGUGACGGAAAAGGUGUGGAUUGGGACGGAGGACUGGUCAGUGGCUACUCUCAUAUCAGAGAUACCUGGGAUCCACACCAUUGGCACUGUGCUCGGUGUGUCUGUCAAAUAUGCAUCCCUACCAGGUUUUCAGGAGUUUGAGAGAAAGGUAUUUGAGGCUUCAAUGAAAUACAAUAACACACAGGAAGUUUUUGAUGACAACAGCUGUCUACAGAGCACAGACCUGUACACCCUUGCCAGGAAUAAGUUCUCUUUGGAGAGCUAUGACAUCACCUCUUCCUUUAAUGUGUAUAAGGCAGUGUACGCUGUGGCUCAUGCUCUGCACCAAGCACUGAGUUGUGACACUGGACAAUGCCAAAGGAGGAGUGUGUAUCCAUGGCAGCUUCUGUCAUGGCUCAAGCAGGUGAGAUUCUCUCUGGAUAACACCUCUGUGUACUUCGAUAUGAAUGGUGACCCACCCACAGGAUAUGACAUUGUGACCUGGGUGUGGGAGAGGAAGGACUGGUCUCUCCGAGUGGUGGGCUCCUUCAGUCCAAAUCCCAUUACACUGACGAUCGAUGCAGAUCAAAUUGAGUGGCACACCACCGGAGCUUCAAGAUCAGUGCCACAGUCCAUCUGCUCUCCUCCCUGCCUGAAAGGCCACAAGAAGCUGCUGACGGGGCAGCACACAUGCUGCUUCGACUGCCAAGAAUGUCCCAUUGCCACAUUCCUCAAUAUAAGCGAGUCCACUACAUGCCAGCAGUGUCUGCCAGAGCAGUGGGCUCCUGCAGGCAGUGAGGAAUGUCUGAGUAGGACCGUCCUGCUGCUCGCUUGGGACAACCCUCUCUCCAUUGCCCUGCUUGUCUUUCUGGCCGCCUGUGUUCUCAUGACCUCCAGCACUGCACUAAUCCUAAUGCUCAACCUGAACACGCCUGUGGCCAAGUCUGCCGGAGGCCGCACCUGCCUGCUGAUGCUGGCAGCCAUGACUGCCGCUGCCAUGAGCUCUUUGUGCCAUUUUGGCCAGCCAUCUCCUCUGGCCUGCCUCCUCAAGCAACCUCUAUUCAGCUUCAGCUUCACUGUGUGUCUGGCUUGCAUCACUGUGCGCGCCCUCCAGGUGGUCUGCAUUUUUAAAUUUGCAUCCAACCUGCCACCAGCCUAUGACAAGUGGGCCAAAAAACAUGGGCCAGAGUUAACCAUUUUCCUAGUGUCUGUCAUUAUCUUGCUUAUUUCUGUGGUCCGCGUAGCCCUCGACCCUCCACAGCCAUCCCAGGAUCUUGACUUCUACCAGGACAGCAUUGUUCUGGAGUGCAGUAACACUCUCUCGACUGGUGCUGGCUUUGAGCUCGGUUAUGUAUCACUGCUCAGCGUCCUCUGCUUCUCUUUCAGCUACAUGGGCAAAGACCUACCAGCCAACUACAAUGAGGCUAAGUGUGUCACCUUCAGCCUCAUGGUGUACAUGAUCUCCUGGAUCAGCUUCUUCACUGUCUACUUCAUUGGCAGAGGCCCGUUCACCAUGGCCGCUAAUGUUUUUGCCAUACUCUUCAGCGUUCUGACCUUCCUUGGGGGCUAUUUCCUGCCCAAGAUUUAUAUUAUUGUCCUGAGGCCAGAAAUGAAUACUACUGCCCAUUUCCAGAACUGCAUUCAGAUGUAUACCAUGAACAAAAGAUGA